AAAAUCCGUAUAGUAUGCCCGUGCGCCCAUGUAAUAUCCUCUAAAAUCCUCUAAUAUAAAAACAAUAAUAAAACGAUUAUAAUAAGUACAUGGUAAUUUAAUUGAACUAUGUCUUUCUGGUUUCAGUUGUCGCGUUAUUAACGUUAUUUGCUCCUGACAAAGGAUAUAUGUACAGAUGCGGAGGUCUAUUGAUAAAACGAGAUGCAGACUUUUUCUAUAGAAGUUAUAGCUACUACACAACAGCUAACGAAUGGUGCAGUUGGAGAAUAACAGCGCCCUUUAAUAGGGUUGUUAAGUUAACUUUCACAAGCUUCAAUUUACCUGUCAGUGAGUUUUCUUGGUUAUGCCAAAGCGCCUACCUCUUAGUGUACGAUGGUUGGAGUGAUUACAGUAAUUCAAGAAUUGGUAAAUACUGCGGGACGCAAAAACCUCCUGUCAUCAUUUCCACGGGAAGAUAUCUUUAUUUGAAGUUCAGAAGCUAUAGUUACUCUUCUCGUAAAGGAUUUACUAUGACGUAUAUAGCUGUGUCCCCAUAUAUACAAGAUCCUAGUACGUCAACUCCAGCAAAACAAAUUUACAGCAAAUGCAGUGUCAAGAACAGUUUUGCAAAUAACAACAAUAUAAUACUUAMCUCGUCAAGUGGCUACAUCUACAGCCCUGGAUACCCGUCUGACUACCCAUAUCAGAUACAGUGCACAUGGCAAAUCAAAGUACAAAGCGGAAAGAAGAUCAAGCUUUACUUUGAAUACAUGAACAUUCGGAGUACUAGUCCAUCCUGCGAAUAUGCCUAUCUUCGAAUUCAUGACGGGUACAAUUCAACGAGCACGAAAAAGGGCGACUACUGUGGGACUACUAGCCAUACUAUCCAUUCAUCAGGACGGUACCUUUGGUUACGCUUUGCAACCGAGAAAGUCACAAAAACUUCAAAAGGGUUUAAGUUGAGAUAUACUACCGAGGGUGAAGGCAGUGGUUCAGUCGGUGUGAUCGUUGGAAUCAUCAUUGGGAUCGCAGUCAUCGUUGCUGUCAUCGUCAUCAUAGUGUACUGCGCUAAAAAGAAUCGACGAGGAGCAGUUACCACAGGGGCUCCUUCAACGAUAAACACCACAACAGUCACCACAGCUCCUCAACCCCAGGGCGUGCCUCUACAGCCUGUUGGUCAAGCCUCUCCUCCUUAUCAGAACCCGUACCCACAGAAAGCUGGACAACCCCCUCAAGACUACGCAGGACCACCCCCUCAAGGCUACGCUGGCCCACCCCCUCAAGGCUAUGCAGGCCCUCCCCCUCAAGGCUUUGCAGGCCCACCUCCUCAAGGCUACCCUGGCCCACCCCCACAAGGCUACUCUGGCCCACCUCCUCAAGGCUACCCUGGCCCACCUCCUCAAGGCUACGCAGGACCACCUCCUCAAGGCUACGCAGGACCA